AGACGACCGUAAGGACAGGCACAGCCACCCGCACUCCUUGAACCCCAGGGAGCUGCUAAGGGACGGGCAGGACGCAGAGGAGGGCGCAGGGCUGACAGCCCGCUUGGCUACGCUCUCUCUAUGACCUUGGACAGAUGGUUGCCCCUCUCCAGACCUGGGCCCCUCUCCGCUGCACGGGACCUUGGAAGCGACUGAGCGGUUGCCCCGGGCCGGGCUGGCCACUUUGCGCCCUGUCUCCGCCCACUCCUGGAGGGGAAGUGGGCCGGGGGACAUUCCAGGAAUGGAAGCGGGGGGUGCACGGCGCAGACGGAGCUUGGGUAGAACGGAAGCGAGGGGAGGCCGAAACUCCCGCCAGGGUCUCAGAAUGGGUAGGCCCUCUCCUAAGCCCCAGGGUCUCCCCAUGCUACUGUUGGUGUUCCUGCCAGGGCUGCGAGUGCUGAGUGCAGAGGCACCGUCCUUGUUCUACCAGCUCACUGCGGUGUCGGUUGCCCCUCAGGGGACCCCGAAGUUCUGGGCCUCAGGGUGGCUGGGUCCCCAGCUCUUUCUGACCUACAGUUCUGGUGGCAAUGCCGAGCCCUGGGGGGCCUGGCGCUGGGAGACUCAGGAAUCCUGGUUUUGGGAGAAGGAGACAUGGUACCUGAAAACCCAAGAACGGUUGCUGCAGGAAGCCUUGAGGCUCUCUAAGAAGCAGGGGGCCCACACUUUUCAGGGCCUGGUGGGCUGCCAACUGAAACCCGACAACUCAUCUCAACACACUGCUCGGUAUGCCCUGGACGGGGUGGACCUCUUGACCUUUGACCCCGUGCACAGAGUUUGGGUGGGAAACACUGUGGAGGCCGAGAACGUGAAGAAAAACUGGGCCAAUGAGAGCCAGCGGGCAGAGAAGGACGCAGAAUUCCUGCUCAUCACCUGCCCCGAGAAACUCAAAAGUCACCUGCAGAAGGGCCGGGGCAACUUCCAGUGGAAAGAGGCCCCAGAGGUGCGAGCUGGAGGCUACGUGGGGCCAGGGUCCGCCUGGUCCACUCUCACUUGCCAGGCCUUCUCCUUCUUCCCACCCGAACUGAAGUUGACCUUCCUUCGGGAGGGGAAGCCAGAGCCGGAGGCCGUAAAAGGAGUGGAGCCAUGGCCCAACAGGGACGGCGCCUUUCAUUCCCGGGGCACUCUGCAGGUCCCCUUUGGGGAUGAAGCGCUCUACAGCUGCAUGGUCCAACACCCUGCACUGGCCAGGGCCAUCACUGUGAACUUCGAGGCAUCGGGCGGCCUACCCCUGCCGGUCAGAGUCAGCCUGGUGGCAGGCUCCUUGCUCUUCUUGGCGUCCCUGGUAGCCGUGGUGGCUUGCGUGGUGAUCUGUAGGAAGAGAGGAGGACGCCCAGUUCCGUGGAUUUUCCGGCGGCGUGCAGCAGACGACGUGGGGUCCCUGCUCGCAGCCCCAGACUCUGCCCAGGACUCCAGCCCCUAAGAUAUGGGCAUCCUGCCUGUCCGCUGCCGACCCCAGGGUUUCUGUACUUUUUCCGCCCUUGCUGGGGGUUGUGUCUGGAUGCUGUGUGACGCCCGGAUGGAAUCCUUUCCUCUCGACCCUGCUUCCCGCCCCCUCCCCACCCCUGGCCCAUUCCAGGUAGCCCUCCUGGAUUUCACCUCUUACAGUAUAGAAAUGUUGAUAUACUCCUCUCCCAAACAAAACUCCCCCAAAAAAGAUAUCGUUGGGUCCAGGUC